AUGGGUCAAUCACAAUCAGCAAAAUUUGAUAAAUUAUUUACAUUAAUAUGUACGGAUAAUACAGAAGAAUUAAGUCGACAACUACGGGCAUGUUCAUCACCGGAACAAACCAAAUGUCUAUCAAAUUUAUCCGAUGCUGAUAAAGCAGCAACAUUAUUAAUGUUUGCUGCUUUUUAUGGUAAUAUGGCUAUAUGCCGUUUAUUACUUGAAUCAGGUGCAGAAUUAUUUAGUCGAGAUAAUGAAGGACAUAAUGUUCUUUUUUAUGCUGUUGCCGGUCAAGGAUAUAAUGUUGCUAAAUAUUUAAUUGAAACAGUUCUUGAAAAAUUUGAUGAUGAAACACGAAAAAAUUUCAUUAAUAAUUUAGAUAAUACUGGUGAAACAUGUUUGCAUGAAGCUGUCAAAAUACAUGCAACAUCAUAUAUUGAAUUACUUAUAAAACAUGAUAUUAAUAUAAACAUUGCUAAUAAAAAUGGUGCUACUGCACUUCAUCGUGCUGUUGAUCUCGGUCAUUUAGAUAUUGUUCGUCUAUUAAUUAAAUAUAAAGCUGAAUUAAAUACAAAAGAUACAUCGGGUUGGACUCCUCUUCAUGUUGCAUGUACACAUAAUGAUGUUGAACUUGUACGUUUACUUAUAAAUCGUGGUGCACGUCUUAAUGUAACAGAUAAACAAGGUUAUUCACCACUUAAAUGGGCACGUGAAACAGGUUCACGAGAUGUAUUUGAAUAUCUUAAAAGUCAAAGUAGUAAAGGAUUUGAUUCGUCAUCAGCAAUACCAAUAAAACGACCAACAAGUGAACGUUCAAAUAGAAAACAAAAUAGUGUACCAAAAUCUCGUUCAUCAUCAAUAACAAAUAAUCAAACAUCAAUUUAA